AGCCAACAAAACUGCUACUUCUAGUUAAUAUUGCAAACCAUCAUCUUCUUCAACUAACAUAAGCUUGAAAUAAAUAACCUGUGAAUUUAAAAAAAAUGGAUCUUGAAGCAAAGGCAAUGGCCAACCAUACAUGAAAGAGACAGAAAACAGCACUUCUUCUGUUCCAACAGCCGCCGCCGCCGUACAUGGAGGCCAAUGCAGGUCUUGUCGCUGGUUCUCAUAAUCGAAAUGAGCUCGUUGUCAUUCAAGGCCACGAAGAGCAAAAAACAUUGAAGGAUUUGAGUGGGCAAGUUUGUGAGAUAUGUGGGGAUGAAGUAGGCCUUACAGUGGAUGGAGAUCUCUUUGUGGCUUGCAACGAGUGUGGAUUUCCGGCUUGUCGCCCGUGCUAUGAGUACGAGAGAAGAGAAGGAACCCAACAUUGCCCUCAAUGCAAAACCAGAUACAAACGUCUCAAAGGGAGCCCGAGGGUUGAGGGAGAUGAUGACGAGGAAGAUGAUGAUGAUAUUGAAUAUGAAUUUAAGAUUGACGAUGAGAGAAAUAAGAACAGAUACACAUUGGAAACCAUACUCCAUGGUAAGAUGAGCUAUGGAAGAGGAACAGAAGUUGAAGAUGCUGCUUCCCAGUACCCACCUGUCAUUUCUGGCAUUCGUUCACGUCCGGUGAGCGGAGAAUUCCCAGUCUUGAGUCAUGCCAAUGGAGAGCAGAAGAUGGGAUUGGUGGGAUCAACUCUUCAGAAAAGAAUCCAUCCCUAUCCAGUAUUGGAGCACACAGAAAAUACAAUUUGGGAAGAAAGAAUGGAUGACUGGAAAAUGCAAAAACAAGGAAAUUUGGGAAAUGAACAUGAUGACUUUGCUGACCCUGAAAUGGCUAUAGUGGAUGAAGCAAGACAGCCAUUAUCAAGGAAGGUACCAAUUGCAUCAAGCAAAAUCAACCCUUACCGUAUGGUGAUUGUCGUAAGGCUUGUGAUUGUAGCUGUCUUCCUCCGUUACAGAAUCCUCAACCCGGUCCAUGACGCCAUUGGCCUCUGGCUAACCUCCAUCAUUUGUGAGAUCUGGUUUGCCUUCUCAUGGGUUCUUGAUCAAUUCCCCAAAUGGUUCCCCAUUGACCGUGAAACUUACCUUGAUCGCCUCUCUUUCAGGUACGAGAGGGAAGGAGAGCCAAACAUGUUAGCCCCUGUUGAUGUAUUUGUGAGUACGGUGGAUCCCUUUAAGGAACCUCCUCUUGUUACAGCUAAUACAGUACUCUCUAUACUAGCAAUGGACUACCCAGUUGACAAAAUCUCAUGUUAUAUAUCUGACGAUGGAGCUUCUAACUGCACAUUCGAAUCGCUCUCAGAGACUGCAGAGUUCUCCCGAAAAUGGGUCCCUUUCUGCAAAAAGUUUGACAUAGAGCCUCGAGCCCCAGAAGUGUAUUUUUCUCAGAAAAUUGAUUUUCUCAAGUAUAAAGUUCAGCCUGCAUUUGUCAAAGACAGACGUGCAAUGAAGAGAGAGUAUGAGGAGUUCAAGAUUAGAAUCAAUGCAAUGGUGGCCAAAGCGGCCAAAGUCCCCGAGGGAGGAUGGAUCAUGAAAGAUAGAACGCCAUGGCCAGGGAACAAUACCAAGGACCAUCCUGGAAUGAUCCAAGUGUUUCUUGGUCACAAUGGAGGAACUGAUGUUGAAGGAAACGAAUUGCCCCGCUUAGUUUAUGUAUCUCGUGAGAAGAGACCAGGUUUCCAACAUCACAAGAAAGCCGGUGCUAUGAAUUCCCUGGUUCGAGUCUCGGGAGUUCUUACCAAUGCCCCAUUAAUGCUUAACUUGGACUGUGACCAUUAUAUAAACAACAGCAAAGCUGUGAGAGAAGCCAUGUGUUUCUUGAUGGACCCCACAUCUGGGAGGAAAAUCUGCUAUGUCCAGUUUCCUCAAAGAUUUGAUGGUAUAGACAGGCACGACAGAUAUGCAAACAGAAACACAGUCUUCUUUGAUAUUAACAUGAAAGGCCUUGAUGGAAUACAAGGCCCUGUAUAUGUUGGGACGGGGUGUGUCUUCAGAAGACAAGCUUUGUAUGGAUAUGAUCCACCACAGCAUGCUAAGCGACCAAAAAUGGUAACUUGUGACUGCUGCCCAUGUUUUGGUCGUAGGAGAAAGCUUGAGAAGUAUACUACUCAUGGAGAUGCUGCAAACGUUGAAGGAUUGAAUGGUGACAAAGAGGUACUAAUGUCAGAGAUGAACUUUGAGAAGAUAUUUGGGCAAUCGGCAAGCUUUGUGACCUCAACUUUGAUGGUUGAUGGUGGUGUACCACCUUCAUCAAGCCCAGCUGCUUUACUCAAGGAAGCCAUUCAUGUGAUCAGCUGCGGCUAUGAAGACAAGACAGAAUGGGGAACUGAGAUAGGAUGGAUUUAUGGCUCGAUCACAGAGGAUAUCUUGACCGGAUUCAAGAUGCAUUGUCGGGGCUGGAGGUCAGUCUAUUGCAUGCCAAAGCUGGCUGCAUUCAAAGGUUCUGCUCCCAUCAAUCUAUCAGACCGUCUAAACCAAGUGCUUCGUUGGGCACUUGGUUCGGUUGAGAUCUUUUUCAGCCGACACAGCCCAGUUUGGUAUGGCUACAAGGGAGGAAAGCUCAAGUUUCUUGAGAGAUUUUCAUAUGUUAACACAACUGUCUAUCCAUUCACUUCCAUUCCUCUCCUUGCCUACUGUACUCUUCCUGCUAUCUGCUUGCUCACCGGAAAAUUCAUAAUGCCUGAGAUAAGCACACUUGCAAGUCUAUUCUUCAUAGCUCUCUUCCUCUCAAUAUUUGCAACGGGCAUUCUUGAGCUGAGAUGGAGUGGAGUUAGCAUUGAAGAAUGGUGGAGAAACGAGCAAUUCUGGGUCAUCGGAGGAGUAUCAGCUCACCUCUUUGCAGUUAUCCAAGGCCUCUUGAAGGUUUUGGCGGGAAUAGACACAAAUUUCACAGUCACUUCAAAGGCAACAGAUGAUGAGGAAUUCGGAGAGCUAUACGCCAUUAAAUGGACAACACUCUUAAUCCCGCCGACAACCAUUCUGAUAAUCAACAUAGUAGGGGUAGUGGCUGGAAUCUCGGAUGCCAUAAACAACGGUUAUGACUCAUGGGGUCCCCUGUUUGGUAAACUAUUCUUUGCCUUUUGGGUUAUUGUACACUUGUACCCGUUCCUGAAAGGUCUUAUGGGACGGCAGAACAGGACACCAACCAUUGUGGUCAUAUGGUCAGUUUUAUUGGCUUCCAUCUUCAGCUUACUUUGGGUUCGAAUUGACCCUUUCGUGCUUAAGACCAAGGGGCCCGAUGUCAAGCAAUGUGGAAUCAACUGCUGAAACGCCUUCCAUGUUUGACUUUCUGGUGAUUCAUUCUAAUUUGGAGAAAUGCAUCAGCAUUUAGUGUUCAAGAAAAGGUUUGAUUGAAAGUUGUUGUUUUGAAUGUGUAAAGGUUUUUGUUUGUUUGUCUAUUAGUGUAUUAGUGUAGAAGUUGUACUAAAUUUUGGAUGUCUUA